UCUAAAUAACCUUGCAUGAUAUUAAAAACACACUGCAUUACAUGCAUUUAUUGUAUCCAUAUUAAUCAUUUCUCUUUAAUAGUGCCGCCUCCAUCAGAGGAAGAACCAGCUCCAGAGGUGGAAGAGCCUGAAGAAGUAGAAGAGGAGCCAGAACCUGAACCACAAGAAGUGCCUGCGGAGGAGGAGGCCACAGAUGAGACAAAACCAAAGCCAAAAUUCAUGCCAAAUAUCACUGCUCCAAAGAUUCCUGAAGGAGAGAAAGUGGACUUUGAUGACAUCCACAGAAAGCGUCAGGAGAAGGAUCUAUCUGAGCUCCAGUCUCUCAUUGAGGCUCAUUUCAUCCAGAGGAAGAAAGAUGAAGAGGAGCUGAUCGCUCUGGUCAACAGAAUCGAGAAGCGUCGCACUGAGAGGGCGGAGCAGCAGAGAAUCCGUGCAGAGAAGGAGAAGGAGAGACAAGCCCGUCUGGCUGAAGAAAAGGAGAGAAGAGAGCAAGAGGAACAGAGGAAGAAACAAGAUGAAGAUGCCAAGAAGAAAAAAGCGCUUACCAACAUGACACACCAGUAUGGAGGAAUCCAGCAGAAGGGCGAGGGCCGCAAGGGGGCGAAGAAACAGACGGAGAGAGAGAAGAAGAGGAAGAUCCUGGCCGAGAGGAGGAAGCCACUCAACAUCGAUCAUCUGUCUGAAGAUAAACUGAAAGAGAAGGCCAAUGAGCUCUGGCAGUGGAUGAUGCAGCUGGAGGCCGAGAAGUUCGACCUCAGCGAGAAACUGAAGAGACAGAAAUAUGACAUGAAUGUUCUCCAGUCCCGAAUCAAUGAACACCAAAAGUAUGCCAAAGGCCGUGGCAAAGGCAAGGUUAGUGGCAGGCUGAGGUAAACAUGCUGCAAGUCGAGGCGCCACAGAGAUCCAGAAGACUUUGUCGCCUUCUUCACACAUGCAUUUGUAGUCAUAAACCAUUGUUAUGAUUGAUUGCACAUGUAGAGACAUAUUUUACGGAUGUUGUGUUUUAUUUCAGCUUUUUUGUCUUAGACACACAAGUAUUCUGAAGUCAUCACUAAAUUGUAUCAUUCAUUUUAUCCCUGCAACAUUAAAAGAGUCAAAGUGCCUACAAAGUG